AUGUCAGAUGAUACACAACCCAUUCACAGGAAAACAGUCGACCAGAUGAUAUCCAGCCUGCAGGUAUGGACCGCUUAGGAAACUGGAGCAGCAGUUUUUCCCAACUCACAACACGAGAGGUUGAUCGGGGUGUGUCUACCGCAGAGACCGGAGACCUGAUAGAGUUUGUGAAUCCAUGGUUAGGAUUGUCUCUUUGGGGUGUUUAUACUGGAGAAGGUUAUGUCAUCCACUUUUGGGUGGGAGAAUCAGCAGGCGGCGCAUCCCAGAUCAGGGUCAACAACCACGAACACAACCUGACUGCAUCUCCACCAGAGACCGUCUGGCGUCGCUGCGAGACUUUCCUGCAUCAAGAGUUCAAGUACAAUCUGCUCAACUUCAACAGCGAGCAUUUUGCCGCAUUUGUCCGAUAUGGGCACGCUGUGAGCAACCAGGUUGGUAAAAUACUUAAUGUAGGUCAUACGAAAUACGAGUGA